AUGCUGCAUUCAAAGACAGAGUCCAGUGAUGGAGUGUCCUUCAGGACCUGCAGUGUUUUGCUGUUUAUCAUUCUUCUAAUAGAGUCUGUUGGAGCUCAGUCAGCGUUGAUUUGUUCACAUCAACCAAUCGUAGCACUGGCUGGUGAUGAUGUCAUUUUGCCAUGUCACCUUGAACCUGCAGUCAGCGCCAGUUCUGAGAUAGUGGUGUGGGCCAAACCUGGUUUGGAGCCAGAGUACAUCCAUGUUCACCAAGAUGGGCGACUGAUGGAUGAACAUCAAAACCCGUCUUAUCGUUUCCGAACAGCUCUGUUUGUGGAUGAACUGAUUAAAGGAAACGUCUUCCUGAAAAUCUUCAGUGUAAAAAUCUCUGAUGCAGGAAAAUACUUUUGUUUCCUUCAAUCAAUGCAGAAGGAAGCUUCCAUCCAGCUCACUGUUGGUGCUGUCUCCUCGCCCAUCAUACAGGUUGUCUCAGAUAACAGCAUCAGUGUGGUGUUUCAGUGUGAGUCUGCAGGCUGGUAUCCAGAGCCUGAGGUGUUUUGGCUGGACAGUGAGGGAAACCUCCUCUCUGCUGGACCUACAGAGACAGUCAGAGAUCCUGAUGACCUCUAUACUGUCAGCAGCAGAGUGACUGUGGAGAAGAGACACAGCAACAGCUUCACCUGUAGAGUCCAACAGAAGGACGUCAACCAGACCAGAGAGACUCACAUCCAGGUUACAGCUGGUUUUUUCAAUGAUCUGAAUUGUUGGAAUUGCAUUUGGAGCAUCAUCAGUAGUCUUGUAAUUGCCGUCUUAGUGUUUAUUAUCGCAUGGAUAAAAAGGCCGUAACGUAA